GAAUUUGAUAGUCAGCGUUACACGUACGUAGGUGUUCACUGUCGUAUGUUUAUGUUACAUAACACAAGUUUCGAAUUUACUCCCAUUUUGCUUAAAUUAUAGACUUUAAAAAAAUGCAUUCUGCUAAUUAUAUGUUCAGGGUAAUUGAAAUUGAGAGUGAAAACUUCUAAUACCUGAAAAAGUUUAAUUUCCAUAAAAUACUAGUUAUAACUUUUGGAAUGUGGGAGGAAAAGAGGAGUGUAAUCAUUUUGCAUUAAUUCUUUCACGGUCCUUCCUAAUUUUGCGGGACAACUGUGGGUUACACUCCGAAACAUCACUUUUAAACAAGUCGUGCUAAUCCAUGUUCACCAUUAGAUGUCAACGAACGGACCGAAAAUCAGCUCCGUAAGUAGUCCAUUUCACAAAUUCAAUCUCACAGUCACAAUGGAAACGUCAGAAUUAAAGUUUGGGGCUUGAAUUUGAUUUAUGUUUAGGUUUUCCUUUGCCGACUGAUAUCGGCUCUAAUUCAAAUAUUUCAUAGCAUGUAUCUUGAUCUUAAUCCAUUCGUUAAUUUCUACCAUUCAUAGUUAAUCACUUUGCGGCAUCAGGGCGGGUCACUAUGCGGAUUUUUUCGUUGUUUUUUGUCGAAACUUAACUUUGUUCCUUCGAGAAACUUGAUUGUCACUUGAUCAUUUUGUCAAGUGGAGUUGCAACACCUCUGUUUUAAUGGAUUUGUUAAAGACUAGAUGUUUCUUUGCCAACUUCUACGCUCAUUAUGAACUCAUCUAUUCUCUCUUGUUCUCCCUAACAAUAAUAGUAUUAACAUAUGCCUAACAGGUAUUGUGCACGCAGAUAAUUGAAGAUAUGGGUCUGUUGAUAAAGAGCAGAACUAAGUAUGUGCAGCCUUCCUGCAUGUUUUGUAAGUAUGCCAACAACUCGAGAAUUUUUGACGUAACUGGUGUUUGUAGCCAAAACACUGGAUUAUUUUAUGAGGCUGAAGUAAUUUCCUCAACUACUCUUUAGAUUUUAGAUAGUUAAGACUGGUUUGAGGAAUCAUACUGACGUAUCAUAUAUGACAUGUUCAUUAUUACUACUGACUUCCAUAACUAUGGUCAGAGUAUCUCCUAAUCCGUUGUCACAAGAGUAUCACAUGAAUUCAUACCUUACUGAUAACUUUCAGCAUCUUUUAAAAUAGUUCUGAGGCGAUAAAUCUAAAUUUUACCUGUUCAAAAUGCAGAUAAUAUAAAAAAUUUAUUUAUUACACAAAGAUCCAAGAUAUUAUGUGUCAUGGUUAAGAUUAAAUAUUAAGAGUAAAAAUUGGGAAUAAGGUAGAAUGCUUUGUAAACACGGAUUGAUGCUUGUGUAAAUCAGUCUACGACUUUAAGUAUCAAAAACUUAAGUGUUGCCUUUGAAAUGUCUUGAGUCAUUGUCACAAUGUUUUAUCGUUUCCAUAGUUAUCAAUUUUAAUCGUUUUAGUAGCUGUAUUUUGUUAAAUUUUGUUUAAUUUUUAAUAUUCACACUCUAUCGUCCCAUUUUAAGUCCAUUUAAAUUUUAUCGGGUCACUAUUUCCGUAGGGUUGGGUCAUAUAAAAACGACAUACCAGUGAUUUCACUGUGCAGUGUUGUUUCAUUUUGACUGACAUUAAUGUGCGUUAGAUUGAGGUUAUCAAAAAAUCAACGUUACUAACCUAAACAUAUGUAUAUCGUUUUGAUUGCCUUAUACAAACUAAUUAUUUCAUUACGGGCUGGUUGAAGAAAGUGUUUUACUGCUUGUGUAUCACCAGUUUUCUUAUUUGAAAAGGAUAAACUGGAAACAAGACCGUCGUAUUAUUGAGUCACUCACUUAUGAGUAAUUUUUCGACACAGUAUCGGAAAUUUCAGAACAACGAAUUAAGAAUCUGUAGUUUUAAAAAGUUGAUUCGAGGCUAAUAAAUCCUUCGUAGAUUUUUCACUAAGGUCUCGUCGGGCUUUCGUUCCAUAAAUGCCAUUUGAGAUAAAAAAUAUUUGCAAAUAGAUACUAGAAGAUCACUCAGGAGUGUCUUGAAACUAUCGGAUAUAGCCUAAAAUAAAAAAUGUCGAUGACCUCACUGUAUUUUUUGUUUGCGUAAUGUUUAGUCAGUUUUACAAGUGAAAAUGCAAUAUAGACCCUUGCAGUGCAUCUAACAAUUCGUCUAUUGCAGUAUAUUAGUUUUCUGUACUGUUGUUUACUUAUUGUUAGAUAUUCGCUGAGGUUCCAUAUUGAACACUUUUAUCCACCGUGCUUCUCUAGCUCUCGAAGUGUCUCGAAUCGAAUUUUACUCUUUUAACUUGAUGUCGAACCUAUGUAGUGUAUACAACUUAUCAUUAUGUUAUUUUAUUAUUUUAACACAUAGAUAUUGGUACAAAGAGGCACCAAAUACAUAUGCGCCACACAGAUCUUAUUUGAUAUAUGUGAGGGCUGUGAUACUGCCCGGGUGCCCAAACCGAAGCAAGCAGUUUUCUUAGGAGGCCACACCCGGAGCUUUCGACCUACAAGUCUAAUCCACAAGGCAGUGGAGCAUCGUAAGGAGAUGCAGUCCCAUAGUAACCGGUGACCAACGAUUAGUUCAUACGCCAUUUGUUCCUUCAGGAUACUGUAGCCCAUGUGCACCAUUGGUUUGGAAUCAGGGUUUUCCAACUCUAGGUGGACUCUCCAUGUCCGCUAACCCGGUUAAAGCGCCAGAUAUUCGGUUUUUGUCCUCUGAAUUUCGUAAACAACAGUAAUGCCACGAGAAGUCAGUGAGUAGGAUUUCCCUGGCAGAGGCUAUAUACACGUGGACAUGUGAGAGUAUUUCGAGAGGGAGAGCGGAUUCUCCCUACUCUCGGCCUUACCAGGGCAUUUGGGGGCGGUUUAUACAACUAAUAAAUUUAAAUUGGUUUCUUGAUUUUCUUAGUGUUCACUAAAAAAUGAACAAUUUUAUCUUAAAUGAUAUCACGGAUCUACAAAAUACUUUGGAAAUACUACAUAGAUACUUUUCUCCUUUGUUAAAUAUCCUCGCUUCAGUUAUAAAUAAUGAGGGUAGUAUUAUUUUUAUUUAUGUGUUUCUAUUUUUUGCACAUUGACUAGGCGGUACUUUAUAUUAAUCGAUUCUAAACACCAGAAUCUGCAUGUUUCAUAUAUACCACUUUUAGUAACCCAGAAAUAGUAAACGUAUUAUUUGUUUUCGGUUUUCAGCUUCACUAUGUGCAGCCUGUUUAUGAAAAAAAUUCGAAGAAAUUACAGGAGUAAAGCUGGUGAUUCAGACGAUGAGCAAAGUCAGGAGUCUGAAAGCUUAUAUGAUGAAGCCGUUAAAGAAAUAACGUCUCAAAUUAAACCUGAUGUAUCGUCAAUCAAGAAGAACAAGAGCGUUUUAAGUUUCGAGGAUGAUCUUGACCCAGAUGAUGGUGACACAUUUAAAGUUAAGAAAUCUUCAAUGAGUCGUAAGAUUACUAAACAAACGAAAGAAAGUAAAAAGAAGAAAAACCAUGGAAAUGACGGCUUAAAGAUAGUCGGUGACUUUCAUAAGAAUUUAGUUUCAUAUGAGGAAAGCUCUCCUGAUCCCGAAGAAAAUCUUGAGAAUUUAAGAAAAGAAUUAUUGAAUUUAGCCGAAGAUGAAACAACUUCUGAAGUAGUUCCAUCUGUGAAAUCCGAACCCAGCAAUGUGACUUCAAUGAUAAAGCAGGGUGUAAUCCCUGAUGCGGCAACAAUACAUUUGGCUCGUAAACAACGUGAGAAAGCUAAAAGUCUCAUUGAAUCAUCUGAUCAUUCACCUACCUAUUAUUCAUCUAGUAAAAAUGAUGGUAAACGUUUAGUGAGAGAAGAUGAUGACGAUGAUGAGUUGAAUGAUGAUGAAGAUGCCAAUGAUAUGACAACUGUCUCAUUUUCAAACUCUGCCAGUGAAAUGAGACCAGUUUUUGUUGUCAGUAAAGACCGUGAAACUUGUAGUAAACGCGCAGUUAUAGGUGCUCGUUUGAAUCGUCGUGAAGAAGAAUUGAAAUGCAUUCGAGAAGAUUUCAUGGCAGCUGAACAUGGUAGUGAUCGAGACAGUGAUCAAGAGAUUGAAUGGGAAAGACAACAACUUCAAAAGGCUAUUAUUAAUCAAAAUCCUGCUGUUUUAGAAGCUAUUCAACCAAUUCUUGGUACUGAAGAUUCUAAUAAUACUACAACACCUGCUGAUAGUACUAUACUUGGUGGAUUGAAUGUUACAGAUAUAACAUUGCCAAAAUUAAAAGAUAAUUUACAAGAGAAAUACAAUAAGUUGAAUGAAUCACUAACGAAGCAUAAAACAUCAUUAGAAGAGGCGAAACGUGAUUUAGAACGUGGCAAGAUAAUAAUUGCAGAUGCUCGUGAAAAACUUCCUAACUUAGCAAAACAAUUUAUGUUCUAUCAAGAAAUGAAAGAUUAUAUUGAUGAUUUAAUAUCUUGUUUUAAUGAAAAGAUGUCAAAAAUAGAAUAUCUAGAGAAACGUUCUAUUAUAAUAUUUCGUGAACGUUAUGACAAAUUAGUUGAACGUCGACGUAUGGAUAUGAAAGAUAUGGCGGAUACAGUAUCUCAGCCAACUAUAUCAUCUACAUGUACAUCUAGAACACCUGAAGAAGUAAAAAUUUUUGAAGCCAGACGUAAAAGAUGUGCUGAACGAGAAUCCCGACGAAUACGACGUCAACGUGCUAGAGAAUUACAAAAUCCUAAUGUCAUACAAGUUCACAUUGAUGGAACUAGUACGGAUGAUGAAGAACCACAGGCUACAAUUGUUAAACGUUCAGCUGAUAUAGACGCUUUACUAGUAGAUGCAAAUGCUUUAUUCGAAGAUGUUGUUGAAGAAUUUUGUAAAUUACCAUUAAUCCUUGAAAGAUUUAUAGAAUGGCGUAAUAAAUAUCCUGAAUCAUAUCAACAAGCUUAUGUAUCAUUGUGUUUACCACAAUUAUUUAGUCCUAUAAUACGAAUUCAAUUAAUCGGUUGGAAUCCUUUAAGUAAUCAUGCUGAUCCGAUUGAAGAAAUGAAAUGGUUUCAAGAUUUGUUAGACUUUUGUAACCUUCCAUCAGUUGACAAUAAUAAAAAUACAAAGUCAACUAUUUCAAAUAGUAAUAAAACUGAUAAAAGCAAUAAUAAUAAUGAAAAUAAAAAUCCCAGCAAUAAUAAUAACUUGGAUAAAACUGCUGGUAAUCUUGAUGAUGAUCUUCGUAUAAUACCAAAGUCAAUUGAAAAGAUUGUUUUACAACGAAUAAAUGAACUAGUCUGCGCUUCAUGGGAUCCUUUAUCAGAGAAACAAUCUUUACAACUUGUCAAUUUAAUGCAUAAUUUAUGCUCAACUUAUCCAACGAUUUGUAUUGGUAGUCGUCCAACAGAAAAAUUAUUCACUUCCAUUGUUAAACGUAUUGAAAAUACAAUACAAGAAGAUAUUUUCAUACCACUCUAUUCAAAAACUCUAAUGCAACAUCGUCAAGGUCCAGCUUUCAUAUUCUUCGAACGUCAAUUUAACAUGGGAUUAAAGCUCUUAAAAAAUAUUCUACUAUGGUCAAAUCUAUUGAGUAUAGAUACAUUAAAACAUAUUACUCUUACUUGUUUAAUAAAUCGUUAUCUUUUAGUUGGAUUAGCUUGUUUAUUAUCAGUUGUUACACUUAAAUCAAAUGAUGAUAAAUCUAAUCUCAUAAUGAAUUCAUCAUUUCCAACUAGUUUAUCAUCAAUUGAUCAAUCAGGUUCAUUAGCUUUUCGUGAUGCUGUACAAAAAUUAAAAAUGAUAGUUGAUUUAUUACCUCAUGAAUGGUUGAAAUUAUCAAGUCCUUCAAUAAAACAAGAUGAUGAUGAUGAUGAUCGUGGUCAUGAUGAUGAUGAUAAUGAUGAUGGUGAAUCUUCAAGAAAAGUAUCAUUCACUGGAGUUUCAGAUCCACUUAAUCAAAUUAAAAGAUUUUUAACACAAUUAUUAGAAAAUAUACCACCUACUCGAAUGUAUUCAGAUAUUACUGUUGGUCAAGUAGAUAUUCAAAUCAUUGAACGGGAAUGCAUGGGAACUUUGUUACAACUAAGAGAUUUAUUGAAGAAUUAA